AUGUUUAAGAAAGAGUCAGUGCCCACCUCACACCAGGAAUCACCUCUGCCGGGCGCUCCUAAGCAAAAGCUCAAGUCUUCGGUACAACGCUCCCUGCGCCAGUCCCUCCUGACCACCUACCCGCUCCUGAACCCAUACAUCGACGAGGUCCUGCCCAAGAAAGCCUCCCUCAACCAGAUCAAACUGCCCGAGCGCGCCUCCCUGUACGUCGCCGAUGGCGAGCCCAUCUUCUUCCAGCACGACAACGACACUCUCCUGCCGCACCUGAAGCUCGUACACCGCUUCCCCCAGGCCUUCCCGACAGUGCGCAUCGACCGCGGCGCCAUCCGCUUCGUGCUCAGCGGCGCCACGCUGAUGGCCCCCGGCCUGACGAGCAAGGGCGGCCGGUUACCUGAGCCCAAGGAGGGAGACGAGGGCGUGGACGACGAAGGCCACUGGAGCAGGGAACUCGAGAAGGACGAGCCCGUGGUAGUCAUGGCGGAGGGGAAAGACCACGCUUGUGCCGUGGGAUUGCUGGUGGCUGGGACGAAGGAGGUCAAGGAGAAGGGGAAGGGCCCCGUGGUAGAGGAGGCACACUUCCUAGGGGAUGGGCUGUGGAAACUGCAUAUUGAUUGA